AUGUCCCAAGAUAGUCCCCUCUCCAUUGCUGCCAGCCUCACCGGCAUUCUCACCUUCGUCUUCGCCCUAACAGCAGGCUUCUACGCCCGAGCCAUCAGCCUCAGAAGCGCCAUUGAUACGCAAGCCGAAGUGUCUAGCCUUCUAGAAAAGAUAGAUUUCCUCGAGACCGAGACCGACAUGCUCAAUAACGCCUACCUCGCAUCCCAAAUCCGCCACCCGCAUAGGACGUAUGGGACCGGCGAUUUCAAGUACUUCCAAGGCCUGUAUAGUCAGUCUUUGCAGCGCAUGCGGGGGAUGGAUAGGGAGCUGAGGAGGGCCGCUGCGCAUGUUACUGGUGGGAAUAGCUACGACAAGAUGUCGCGCGUGAAGACUGCUGCUAAUUGGAUGGCGUCGCGAAAUCAGAUGCAUAAGAAUAUCGAGGAGCGGAAAGCGGAAAGUAGUAGGAUCUUUCAGAUUCAACUUGCCAUGCUCUACGUAGGUCUCCUACAUCGCAUCGUAUCUUCGAGGGUAUCUUGUGAAAUGUCACCACUGAACUUUGAUUUUAGAAAAAUCGACGAGCUUUCUUACCAUCAGAAUCACCACAAUGCAAGUUGCAGCGUCGUGUUGGAAGAAAUCGGUAGUCUCAAUAGCGCCGUCGAAACAAACUUCUUCAAUACCCGUAAAAUACCACCCAGCCCUUUAGUAACGCCAUGCUCUCCCGAUUUAACGCCUCCACCUGAAGAAGCAGUGGCAGUGACGUUCCCCGCCGAGUCCAAAUCCCCAUUCACCGACCGGAUGAUGCUGUCAAAGGACGAGAAAGACCAACAAGACGUGUCAAGCUGGAAGGAAUGGCAGCAAAGAACCAAAUUGACUUCCUCGGGCUUGCAAUCUGAUGCUUGA